AUUCAGAAAACCCAUACAGAGGUUGUGAUGCCCUUCGGGAUUUAGCAGAAAGUUGUAAGUCCUGUAAACACCCAGAAAACAUUACUUCCACAAAGCUGAGGAAACAGCUGGCCACAUGUGCACAGCUUCUUAAUAUGAGAGACUUCGAGCAAGACCUACUGGCAACUUUUCAAGGACAUGACAUUAGAGUGCACCGGGAGUUCUACAGAUUGCCAGAGAGUAUGUUGCAGAUAGCCAAGAUAUCAAAAGUUCUGCAUUGUAUCAAUAAUGGAACAAUUCAGAAGUACAAAGGAUGCAACUUUGAUGACAUAGAAUUUGAAGAAAAUGAAACUGUUGAAGAAGAAAGCGAUGAUGAUGAAGAUACUGACAGCAAUGAUAUUGAAGAUAUACCCACAGAAGACGCUGUGCCGUCAUCGGGAAAGAAGGGAGUGAAGAGGAAAAGAGAAUGUACCACAGGUAUUUAUUAUGCCCCCCUUCGAAGAAGGUGGGGUAUAUUGUUUUUGCAGAUGUCUCUUGUUUCAUGGGCUACCAGGCAGGCAUGGAGUGAUGAAGAAAAGAAGACACUUGAGAGAGUAUUUGCCAAGUUCAUUAAAGAAGAAAAGGUGCCAGGAAAGUUGGACAUAAUUAAUGUUGUUAGAAGUGAAAAAGUAUUUGGAAACUACAACUGGAAAAGGGUGAAAUAUGCAGUUUACAAUAUUAUAUUAGGGCGAAGGAAGAAAAGUAGAUUUAUUUAA